AUGCCCAACAACGACAUUGAGAUCAACACUAUAUGUGCAGACUUGGAGUCGUCCAAGUUUAUACUUUUGUCUUCAGGACAUGAGCGCAGCGAGCAGGAUGAACCGGACCUCAAACAUGCUGGGAAAAAGCUGCCAAAGAUCAAGAUUUUUGGUACCGGAGGAACAAUUGCGUCAAAGGGAGCCUCGUCGUCACACACUGCGGGAUACCAUGUCGACUUGACUAUUCAACAGCUUUUGGAAUCGAUUCCUGAUAUCUCGAGGAUUUGCGAUAUCGACUACGAACAACUGUGUAAUGUUGACUCCAAAGAAAUCGACGAGCAUUCGCUACUCAAAAUAUACAAUGGAAUAUCUGCAGCGUUGCAAACGUUUGACGGUAUUGUGAUCACUCACGGAACCGAUACUUUGGCGGAGACAACUUUUUUCAUCGAGAGCACCAUCGACUCUGGAGACGUGCCACUAGUGUUUGUGGGGUCCAUGAGGCCCUCAACGAGUGUCUCUGCAGAUGGGCCCAUGAACUUGUACCAGGCAAUUUGCAUAGCGGCGGACAAACGGUCGCGGGGCCGCGGUGUGCUGGUGUCGCUCAACGACCAAAUCUCAGCUGGCUACUACAUCACCAAGACCAACGCCAAUACGCUGGACUCGUUCAACGUCCGUCAGGGCUAUCUGGGCAAUUUUGUGAACAACGAGGUCCACUACUACUGGCCACCGGUCAAGCCCGAAGUGUGCCAUAAGUUCAAGCUUGGACUGUGGCCUGGCGACGACGCCUCCAGCAAAAGUUGGAGCGGUGCACUGGCAAGUGUCAAAGACAGUGUCAAAGACAGUGUCAAAGACCUUGCCAAAGACGGCGUUCAGAACCCCUCCGCUGCGUUUCCUAUCGUCCACAUUUUGUAUGGCCACCAAUCGCUGUCACCGGAGCUGGUGAAAUUAGUGGGCAACAAAUGUGCGGGUUUGGUGAUUGCUACGAUGGGGGCUGGCUCCCUGCCGUCUGCUGUCAACGAUGUCGUGCAGGAAUUGCCAAUUCCCGUCGUGUACUCGAAAAGAUCAAUGGAUGGGAUGGUUCCCAAGGCAAAUAUGCCUAAACAAGAUCCAGCCAGCGCCAGAAGUAACGUUAUUGCGUCCGGGUUUUUGAACCCAGAGAAAAGCAGAAUUCUAUUACAGUUAUGUCUGUUUGAGCGGUUUGGCAUUGCUGAAAUCAGAGAAGUCUUCAGCAACGCUUACGGAGGGUGA